AUGAGCGAUUUUCUCAUCUUGCCAGGGCCUCAGGCCUUGUCCAAAUUCAGAGUCUCCAACUUGGUGCAAGAGUUGGAGAAGAACUUGAACCAGCAGGGCGUCAUCGCCAGUGUUUCUUCAGCUUACACCCACUAUGUGUCAUUGAAGGAGCCCUUGACGCCUGCGCAGACCAAGUUGACAGAGAUUUUGUUGACCUACGACUCCCCUGCUGACUUGUCCAUUGAGGCCAACGAGACUUUGCAGAAGUUGGUCGUUGUGUCUGGAGACGAUAAGACCUCUUUUGCCGGAUUGAACGAGUCCAAUGUGCUUGUCAGAGUUUUGCCCAGACCGGGAACCAUCUCCCCAUGGUCUUCCAAAGCCACUGACAUUGCCAACAUUGUUGGUUUGGGCGACAAGAUCGAGAGAAUUGAGAGAGGCAUCUCCCUCUUGAUUUCUGCCACUGAAGGUUUCGACUUGUUGGGUGCCUUGAACACCCGUGGCGGUGAGAUCUUGACUUCUGUUUUCGACAGAAUGACCCAGCAGCUCUACAUCAACGACAAUGCUCCAAAGCACGACGAUUUGUUUGCCCACCACCAGCCUAAGCCUUUGGUUCAUGUGGACGUCACCUCUUCUCCAGACAACUUGGUGAAGGCCAACACCGACCUCGGUUUGGCUCUUGACAAGGGUGAGAUCGACUACUUGAUCAACGCUUUCACCAAGGUGAUUGGCAGAGACCCCACCGAUGUGGAGCUUUUCAUGUUCGCUCAGGUCAACUCUGAACACUGCAGACACAAGAUCUUCAAUGCUGACUGGACCAUUGACGGCGUCAAGAAGGACUUGUCGUUGUUCAAGAUGAUCAGAAACACCCACAACAAGAACCCCCAGUACACUGUGUCUGCCUACUCUGACAAUGCUGCUGUGUUUGAGGGCCCUAACGGUUACCUCUUCACCCCAGACUUCAAGACCAAGGAGUGGAAGUCGAUCAAGGAGAAUGUUUUCACUUUGGUGAAGGUGGAGACUCACAACCACCCCACCGCUGUGUCUCCCUUCCCUGGUGCUGCUACCGGUUCUGGUGGUGAAAUCAGAGAUGAAGGUGCUGUUGGUCGUGGUUCCAAGUCCAAGGCCGGUUUGUCUGGUUUCUCUGUUUCUGACUUGAACAUCCCUACUUUGCCCCAGCCUUGGGAGCGUGACAUUGGUAAGCCCAAGCACAUUGCUUCUGCUUUGGAUAUCAUGGUGGAGGCUCCUCUUGGUUCUGCUGCUUUCAACAACGAGUUCGGUAGACCUGCCAUCAACGGUUACUUCAGAACCUUGACCACCGAAGUCAAGAACCACAAGGGAGAGAACGAGUUCAGAGGCUUCCACAAGCCUAUCAUGUUGGCUGGUGGUAUGGGUGCUAUUAGACCCGACUUGGCCUUGAAGGACACCAAGAUCACCCCAGGUGCCAACCUUAUUGUUUUGGGUGGCCAGUGUAUGUUGAUUGGUUUGGGUGGUGGUGCUGCCUCUUCUGUUUCUUCCGGUGAAGGCUCUGCUGAGCUCGAUUUCGCUUCUGUCCAGAGAGGUAACCCUGAAAUCCAAAGAAGAGCUCAGCAGGUCAUCGAUGCUUGUGUUUCUCUCGGAGCUAAGGGCAACCCUAUCCAGUCUAUCCACGAUGUUGGUGCUGGUGGUUUGUCCAAUGCUUUGCCUGAGUUGGUGCACGACAACGACUUGGGUGCCAAGUUUGAGUUGAGAUCUAUUCUUUCUCUUGAACCCGGUAUGUCUCCAAUGGAGAUCUGGUGUAACGAGUCUCAGGAGAGAUACGUUAUGGGUGUUGCUCCAGAGAACUUGGAGUUGUUCAAGAGCAUCUGUGAAAGAGAGAGAGCUCCAUAUGCCGUUGUUGGUCAGGCUACCGAGGAACAGAGAUUGGUCUUGACCGACUCUUUGUUGAACACCACCCCAAUUGACCUUGAAAUGUCUGUUUUGUUUGGCAAGCCCCCUAAGAUGUCCAGAGUGGCCACCACCCAGGACUUGCAAUUGAGCCCUUUUGCAACCUCCGGCUUGUCUGUUGAGGAGUCUGUCAAGAACGUUUUGCAACUCCCCGCUGUCGGCUCCAAAAACUUCUUGAUCACCAUCGGUGACAGAUUUGUCACUGGCUUGGUUGACCGUGACCAGAUGGUCGGUCCAUGGCAGGUUCCUGUUGCUGACGUUGGUGUCACUGCCACCUCUCUUGGUGACUCUGUUUUGGUCACUGGUGAGGCCAUGGCUAUGGGUGAAAAACCAACCUUGGCUUUGAUUUCUGCCGCUGCUUCUGCCAAGAUGGCUGUUGCCGAGUCUUUGCUCAACGUCUUUGCUGCUGAUAUUCCUGCCAUUGACAGAGUCAAGUUGUCUGCUAACUGGAUGUCUGCUGCUUCUCACGAUGGUGAGGGUGCCAAGUUGUAUGAGGCUGUUCAAGCUAUCGGCUUGGACUUGUGCCCAGAAUUGGGUGUUUCCAUUCCAGUCGGUAAGGACUCCAUGUCGAUGAAGAUGAAGUGGGACGACAAGGAGAUCACUGCUCCUUUGUCCUUGUGCAUCACUGCUUUCGGUCCAGCUUCUAACACUUCCAAGACCUGGACUCCACAGCUCAAGGUUGCUGACGAAGACACCGUUUUGGUCUUGGUCGACUUGGCUAAGGACGUGAAGAAGGCUCUUGGUGGUUCGGCUUUGGCCCAGGUUUACAAGCAGGUUGGUGACAAGGCUCCUACUGUCCACUCUCACGCAGUUUUCAAGGGUUUCUUGAAUGCCUUGAUUGCUUUGCACCAGGAUGUUGAUGUCUUGGCUUACCACGACAGAUCCGAAGGUGGUUUGUUGACCACUGUUGCUGAGAUGGCUUUUGCUGGCAGAUGCGGUGCUCAAGUCAACUUGUCUUCUGAUGAGGAUGCCUUGACCGAGUUGUUCAACGAGGAGCUCGGUGCUGUUUUCCAGAUCAAGUCUGCUGACCUUGAAAAAUUCGUCAAGGUUUUGGGUGACAACAAGGUCGAGGAGAAGUACGUCUCUGUCAUUGGUAAGCCAACCAAGGAGCAGACCAUCUCCUUCAAGCACAACGGCGAGACUGUCUACGAAAACACCAGAGCCACUUUGCAGAAGUUGUGGAGCAACACCUCUUACCACAUCCAAAAGCUCAGAGACAACCCAGAGACCAGUACCGAGGAGUACGAGGCUAUCGGCGACGAUGCUGACCCAGGUUUGUCCUACCAAUUGACCUUUGACCCCAAGGAUUUCAACAUUGCUGCUGGCGACAAGAAACCUAAGGUGGCUAUUUUGAGAGAGCAGGGUGUGAACUCUCAGCAAGAGAUGGCCUGGUCUUUCUCUCAAGCUGGUUUCGAUGUCUACGAUGUGCACAUGUCGGAUAUCUUGAGCGGCAAGGUGUCCUUGGACUCUUUUACCGGUAUCGCUGCCUGUGGUGGUUUCUCUUACGGUGACGUUCUCGGUGCUGGCGCUGGAUGGGCCAAGUCUGUGUUGUUCAAUGAGAAGGCCAGAGAGGAAUUCAGAAGAUUCUUCAACGACAGAGAGGACACAUUUGCCAUUGGUGCCUGUAACGGAUGUCAGUUCUUGAGCAGAAUUGCUGAGUUGAUCCCAGGUACCGAGCACUGGCCUACUUUCGAGAGAAACCUCAGUGAGCAGUACGAGGCCAGAUACGUGAUGGUGGAGGUUGACGAGACGCAGGACAACAAGUCGAUCUUCUUGCAAAAAUUGAAGGGCUCCAAGUUCCCAAUUGUCGUUGCUCACGGUGAAGGUAGAGCCUCUUUCGAGGACCAGGCCAGACAGGAGGCUUUCCUUACCCAGGACAAGCAGUCUGUGAUCAGAUACGUGGACAACUACGGUAGUGUUGCCAAGACGUACCCCUUCAACCCUAACGGCUCUCCAGAGGGUAUCGCUGGUAUCUCCAAUGCCAAUGGUAGAGUGUUGGCUAUGAUGCCUCAUCCUGAGAGAACCACCAGAUUGGAGUCUAACUCCUACUACCCUACCGAGAAGUAUGCUGAGUGGGAGGGCUACGGUCCAUGGAUUGGUUUGUUCAAGUCCGCUAGAGAGUGGGUUGGAGAAAAGUUUUGA